UUUGUACCGUCUCUGUCACCAAUACAAGCCCUACUUCUAUAGACUUAUGGUGCUCAACGUUUUUUUUUUUUUUUAUCAAGUAAUAUUGGAUCGUAUUUUUGGAUGACUUAAAACGUACAGUACAACUAUAAGUUAAAGCAGUGGACGUAAACGUUGACGUCUGUAAAAUAGUUGCAGAUGUGCGCAGUCAUGAAACUUUGACCUUAAAAUUUACAAACUCAGCAACAUUUUUCCAAAACGAUUUCAAACAGGCGACCUUUUGGACCACUAUAAACGUACACUCUGACCCUCUCAGUUAAACGUGUUGUAGAUUCCGAUACUCUUCUUAAUACUAUCCUUGUCUGGGACGUUAAAAUAAGCACCACGGCCGGGUUCAACAAACGCAAUGAAACGGAGAUUGUUGUUAGUUUCCAACUCCACAUUAUAUGGAGGGGGAUAUCUCCAGCAUUGCCAGCGGCAGAUUCAAGAUUUUUUUGGAGAGAAAGUGACAAGAGUUUUAUUCAUUCCUUAUGCUUUGCAUGAUAGAGAUGCUUAUGCUAAAACUGCAAGAGAGAAAUUUCAAAGUCUGGGCUAUGAACUUGACAGCAUUCAUGAAGCCCCCAAUCCUGUGGACGCUGUGAGGAAGGCACAGGGGAUUUUCAUUGGUGGUGGCAACACUUUCCGACUUUUGAAAACCCUUUACGACCAUAAUCUGGUGUCCGAGAUAAAGAAGAGAGUCCUUGAGGAUGGAGUCCCAUAUAUGGGGUCAAGUGCAGGAACUAAUGUGUCCACAGUCAGCAUCAGCACCACCAAUGACAUGCCUAUUGUGUACCCACCCACCCUGACUGCCAUUGGGUUGGUGCCGUUUAACAUCAAUCCCCACUACCUGGACACAGACCCCAACAGCCGACACAUGGGGGAAACUCGUGAGCAGCGCAUCACGCAGUAUCAUGAGGAACCAGACACACCCUCUGUACUGGGUUUAAGAGAAGGGUCAUUAUUGCUUGUAGAAGGAAACAAAGCAACUCUCUUAGGAACCACAAACGCCCGUCUGUUUAUUAGGUAAAACAAAGUACAUCUCAACUUUUAUACAUUUUCAGAUCAGCCUUUUAAUUUGGCUUUAUUGAUCUAGAGCUUUGUCAGAACUCUCAAUCAUACAGUAGGAUAUAUUUAAUUUUUUUUAAUGCAUUACAUAUUAUGCUGUGUUUCUGGUGAUUCGAGAGUAUGGAUUGCUCACU